GACUCAUUUUAUUUUUAGGCGUAGUCUUAUUUUUAUAUUUUCCAGAAAACUUACACUUUAACUUUUAAGUUCGAAUUAUUAUCAUAUUCAGUUAAGAAUUACAUAUAAGCACUGGAUAAAUCUAAUUUUUGUAAUUUUAAUGAUUGACCAGCAUAGAUAUCAGAGUUCAAGGUUAAGCCAUGGUUUCUUGGUUCAGGAUAAGAAAAUGUUCUGACCAGGUCUUGAAGCUAUGAUUGUCUGCUUAAACAGUUUUCUUAUUCUUAAGGCCGGUGCUCUACAAGUUGUGUUACAGAACUUCAAGUACCAUGAAAACAUAUCCCCAUCUUGUUUAUUACAAUAUUAUAUUAAUUCAUAUAUAAUAAUUGAUCAGUUGAUGUAUUUUUGGAGAGGAGAAUAUAAUAAAGGUUAUUGAAUUUGUUGAGAACAAUGAAGAAAGCAAAACCAUUUCCUGCACCAUUUGUUCAGCUACUUAGAAGGCCAUUCACUGGUUUCUCUCCAACAAUCCCCAGUAAACAAACACAAGCUACAUCAACUGAAGGAACUUUUUCAAAUAAUGUGAAAUAUAACUUACAGUUGAGUGUCACUCAAAACAAUACAGAUGACAGUCAGUUCACAACAAUUUCAGAUAACGCAACUACAUCAAGCCAAAUAAGGCAUGACUCGUUACCUGAAGGAAGCUCAGAUGAAGAUGUUGAAAGAUUUAGGAAAGUAAGCUAUGAUUACCCCUCUACUCCACAAACUCAAGCUGAUGAGAAAAAGAUGUCAGAUGUAAUUCUUCUGUCUCCUGAAGUAAAUCUUGAACACACCAUUGAUGAAGAAUGCCAAGAAAAACGAAACUCUACCUUAUGUGUUGGUGUGGAUGCUAAAGACCUACACAAAGUUGCCUCAUCAUGGAAUAUAUCGACUAUUAAAGCAUCUACUGUAUCUCUGAGAUGGAUUACAGAGGAAACACCUACUAAUAAAUUGGUUGUCAGUGAAGAACCACCAUUAAGGCCUUCAAAACAAAAUUCAGUUGAUGGACAAACACAAAGAGCAAGGGAGCCAAAACAGACUUCACUGUUGUAUGAUGACUGUGUGUUUACAGAAGAUAUUAAAGAACAAGUCACAUCUACACAUCCACAGCAAGAUACUUCUCACAACAGUGUGCUUGGUAGUCAUGUUGUGUCAACAGAUAGCUCUGGGAAAACAAAACCAGUGAUAAGAUCAUCAAAACAACAGGCAGACAGCGAGAUUUAUUAUACUCAUAGUAAAACACUUGUUCAAAAUUUCAAGAAUAAUAAACCUCAACCACGAGAAAAGCAGGAAAGAACUUCAAAGAAAAAUAGUAAACAUCGAGACUCAAAUAUGAGGUCUAGAACCUUUGCAAAAAUUAAAUUGAGACAGAGUGGGAAAAACUUUGCAAAACAAAAAAUAAAGAAUGCUUUGCAAACCUCGAGAAAAGAAACAGAAACCAUAAAAAAAAGAAAAGUUAAACCAGAAAGGAACACUGUAAAAGUACCAAAGGUGUCAGAAAAUAAAACCACACCAAACUACAAUUUUGUGAAAAGCACCAGUACACCAAUUAAAGAUCAGCAUUUAAAAUCUGGUUUUGACAGCUGGCCAGAGUUGUCUGAGGUUGAGCCUGUCAGUGAAGAAAAUUUCCUCUUUCCAAGGAUUUCUCAUAAUAUAGACUCUGAUGAAGCAGAAACGUAUCAGUCAACGAAUAUUUUGAGUAACAGAGAAUGCACUGGCAAACCUCCAGUGUGUUGCAUAGUGUCAUACACAAAUGUCACUUGGGAACAAGAUAUUAUUCUCACCUCUAGGUCUACUCAGCUGCCACUAUUUCUUGAGGGUUGUUCAGGUGAUCCAAUUGCCAUGAAAUGGAAAUACUGAAGGUGAAAUUAUAAGUACUCUUUGAUUUACUUUUUGUUUAAUAUGUGGAAAUAAUUUUUUUUUUACAACAUUAAGUAAAUAUUAAAUAUGUUAUUCAGUUCAGAUUCUAUUUUAUGUUGAACAUUUCAUGUACUGGAAAUAGUUGUUAAAAAUAUAUUUAUUUAUAAUGCUUUGUAGAAUUUACAAAUAAAUAAUUGUAGUGAUCACAUAUGCUACCUAUUUAAGACUUCUGACUUAAACACUAAUAGUAUAAUUACAACAUUUGUUUAUGUUUUGUGAUUUCCCUACUCAGUCUUUAGCUAAUGUACAUAAGGUUGAAAAAGAGACCAAUAGUAUUUUGUAGUUUUAACACCACAUUGAAAUUCUAUAUGACUUCAGUAUAUUUGAAAUAUAUAAAACAUAUUGCUUUAGUUGACUUGUGUUUUGACCAUACUGAAAGUUCAUCACUUCACAACUGACUGCAGUUCUUUCAUUCUGAUUUUUGAAGAAACUUUAUUUGAUUGCAAAUAUAGUGCUGUUUUGAUUAUAUACUAUAGUAAUCUUGCCAUGAUCAAGCUACAUAUAAUUGGGUAAUAAAAUGGGAUGCAAGCCAAAGUAUUAUCUUUCAGAUAAUGUUAUUAAAAUUUUUAAGUACAAUAUCUUUUUAAUAAGUAAUUGUAAAUUUUACACAGUUCUAGUGUUCCAUGCCAAGUAUGAAAAACAAGCUAAAAAUAAUGCUCCUGUGUUUUCUUGAUUAACAGGUCUUUUAUUAUAGCCUUCUGGUGGCUCAGUGGUAAAUCUGAAGGCUUAUAACACUAAAAGUUGGGUUUCGAUACCCACAGUAGGUAGAAUACAGAUAGCCCAUUGUGUAUCUUUGUGCUUCACAACAGUCUGUUAUUAAAGUCCUAAUGGACAAAACUACAAAAAUUUAUCAUAGAAAUCAUACCAGUUUAAAAGCUAGGUUGAAAGGUUGCAAUAACUGAUAUGACUUUCAUGUUACUAAAUUUAGCAGGAAAUAUAUUUAUGGUGUGAAAUAACAUUACUGAAUAUACCUGAUGGGUUAGAACUGUUGUAUAAGAAGCUUUUAACUCAAGGGAGGCUGAUUUGAUAAUACCAAGUUCACAUUGUGAACUUUUAAUUACAAGUAGUAUAAGAACAACCAUUAAUUUUCUGAUCAAAUUAAUGUACAAAUAUCUUUCAGCAACUUUAAUAGAGAAUGAAACAUUAGGUCUCAAGUGAAAAUAAACUACAUUAAAGUGAUAUAUCAGAGGAGGAAUGAUUUUUUUUUUCAGCAGUAUUAUUAUGGUUUCUUGAUCUCUGUUAAUUGUAUCUAUUUAUGGAUACUAGUAAUGCAAAGUUGAAGCUGAAAUAAGAUGAUUUGCUUUGUAAGCUGAAGGUAGGCAUGAUUGUUUAAUUCUGUCUGGAGCUUCUCAAGGGCCACCUGCUCUAGCUGUUCUUAAGUUUGAAGUAGCAGACUAAAGGAAAGGCAGCUAGGCAACAUAACCCACUGUGUACUUUUGGGCUACUCUUUACCAUUACUCAUCACAUUAUUACAUCCCAUAGCUGAAAAGGUGAGUAUAAUCGGCAAUGAGUUUUGAACCUGCAACCCGUACAUAUUUAAUUAAGCUUCCUAGCUAUAAGGCUGGAGAGUAAUGAACAAAAUUGUAUUGUACAGCAAAUAUUUAGAAUGAACAUUAAUGUUCUUCAAUCCUUUGAUAAAACUUUUUGAUCAAGGUGAAUAGUGUUAAGCAUGUUACUGAAAAAAAAGAGUAACAUAAUGCCCUUACAUAUUAUUUGAUAAAAAAAGAUAACACGUUAUGUUACUUGUCACAGUUCUUUUCUUUGUCUUGUCCUGUAAAAUAAUUGUUGUGAUUAUUCCUUACUUUUUAAAAAUUUAAGUCUUGAAAUUAAUAUAAUUAAGUGUAUGCCAAACAGAUUGCUUAAUGCGCAUGUGCAGAAUUAGCAAGAUAAAAAUUAAACUAAAACCUCAGUGUUGAUAAAGCUUGUAUGAAGACAUUUUCUGACUUGUUUUUGAUAUUGGUUUCAACAAGUACUUAAAGGAAAAUCAUGUUUGAUACAUCAUUUACAUAUUUAUUAAAAUUUAUAAACUGAAAUUUACUUUCGAUUUAAAAAGUAAAAGAGUACUAAUGUAGGUGCGAAACAAUGAAAAGUAACUAAUAUUAUUCCUUCCAUUAACAUAAACAUUAACAUCUAAACAUAAAAAAGUUAUUUGUACUGUUUAUCUCAUACACCCCUGUAUUUCAGAUCACUAAUAUGAGAAUUAUUCUACUGUUUGAUAUCACCUUUGCAGCUAAGUAACUACAGUUUACUCUGAUUUAGAAUAAUCCAUAACAAUGCAUUACAGGCUGAAAAUGUACUUAUAACAGGUUAUUGAAUUCAUUGUCAAUACUUUACUGAGGCAGGGGCCUGGUAUCAUCUAGUGUAUUGGGCAAUUCAUUUGCAAUCUGUGGGUCCCAGCAUCAAAACCUGUUGUCCAACAUGCUUUCCCUUUCAAGUGUCAGGGUAAUUAUAAUGUUAUGGUAAAUCCUACUAUUUGUUGGUAAAGAGUAGCUCAAGAGCUGGA